AGCUCGCACCACAAAGACAGUUCAGUCUUACGGACACAGCUUUUGAAAUUGCUUUCGGUUUUGUUGACUAGGCUUUCAUGGUUUUUCUCGCUCGAAAGGGGUAAAAAAUUGCAAAGGCAUUUUUUGUUGCCGAAAGCUUAAAGUACUGAGCCUGGUUCGGCAGUGUUGUUUUUAGGUUGUUUGUAUCAAAAUGACACUAGUCGGUGCUGGUGAGAACUGGCUGGAUCAGUUGGACAUUCCUGCGAUCCCACAUUUUUCGGAUCCCACUUUUAAUCCGUAUGGGUAUGAUGGGGCCGACGAAUGGUUCAACGGACGACGUGAAACCGGAGUUCCUGUCCAGAUAGUACAGACUUGGAAAACUGAGACCACAGACAACGGCAGCGUGACCGUGACGGGAACGCUUCAACAACCGGAAAUGGCGCUGACCGAGCCGGUGACGGAAGACAGCAGCCAAGACGACCGUUCCUCGGAAGGCGUCAGUUACGCGACGGCUCAUGCAACCAAAGCAACAAUCCCACUGCUAUCUGCGAGUCUGAACAACCCUCAGCUGACUGCCCACAAUCAGAUCCAUAAGAACAGUCCAUUACGAAUGAAAGCGAAACUUCCAGCGCCGCUAUUUGUCAAGCCUACUGGCACUCACAGAGUUCCGGUCGCACUUAGUAAGCCCGUUGGGCCACCGUCCCGUGUUGUGGCGCCGCUGCCCAAACCGGCAUCACCUAUUGGUAAAAAUAAGAUGGAUCGACCCGUGAAGCAUUUUGUGUCCUCACCUGUUCCGAGCACCGAUGGGGGCAAGCGUCUGCAUGGAUUGAAUAUGCGACAUAAUGAACCGGAUAAGCAUAGUGGCAAGCGACACUCAGUGGCUGCCGCUCGUGCCGGAGAGUAUUUCAUUCGAACCCUGCGCGACUAUCCUGAAGAGGGUAAAUCGACGGCGUUCUGGAAAAAGUGACACCAGCUUCGUGACUGAAUUGAGAAAUACGCGAACACCAUGAAUUCCCCGCCUCUUUCCUUCUAAAAGACUGCGAAGUGUGCACGUAUAGGAAAUCAGGAGUGUUUCUUUGCAAACUCAAUGGAACUAAAUGUCUGUAUUUAAUGUGUAUGUAGACUGUUUGAUUCAUUCUCAUUUCUCCUCCGAUAAUCGUGCUUUUGUUGUUUGCUUUAUCACCGAUGCUCAACUUUUUUGACAUCACGAUGUACUUAUCUGUCUAAUUUUCUAUUGUUAUUGUUAAAUAUAAUAUAGCUCGCUGAGUAACUAAAAAUCAAAAAAUAAACAACAGCUAAAAAAACCA